CUGUUGUCUAAAAUAAACCUAAAAUUCAAAAUAAACUCAUUCUAUUAAAAACUUAAACGACUUAUCACAAAAGAAAAGACAAACCAAAAGAAAAACAUUUCGUGUCAUAGUCACGUGCACUUGUCACUUACGUUUAUGUCUUUGCUAUACGUAGGCCCGUGAUUGGCUUAUUGAAUAGUCCCCAUUCUCCAAAAUCAUUGUUUUGCUUUCUGCAGAUUAGAAAAUUGCAAAGAGAGGAAGAACAAAGAACCUUGAAUGGAGAAGAGAAACGAGAGACAAGUGAUUCUCUUUCCUCUACCAUUACAAGGUUGCAUAAACCCUAUGCUCCAGCUAGCAAAAAUCCUUUAUUCAAGAGGUUUCUCGAUCACCAUCAUUCACACGCGCUUCAACGCGCCCAAAUCUUCAGACCAUCCUCUCUUCACUUUCUUACAAAUCUCCGACGGAUUGUCCGAAUCUCAGACUCAAUCUCGUGAUGUUUUGCUUCAACUCACGCUUCUCAACAACAAUUGCGAGAACCCAUUUCGAGAGUGUUUGGCUAAAGUCAUCAAACCUAGUUCAGAUUCAGGAACAGAGGAAAGGAAGAUUAGCUGUUUGAUCGAUGAUUCUGGUUGGGUUUUCACACAAUCCGUGUCGGAGAGUUUCAAUCUUCCGAGAUUUGUCCUCUGUGCUUAUAAAUUCUCAUUCUUUCUUGGACAUCUGCUUGUUCCUCAGAUUCGUCGUGAAGGGUUUCUUCCAGUACCAGAUUCGGAAGCAGAGGAUCUAGUUCUUGAGUUUCCACCGCUUCGAAAGAAAGAUCUUUCGAGAAUAAUGGGAACCAGCGCUCAGAGUGAGCCUCUCGAUUCUUACUUGCAUAAGAUAAUCGAAGCGACGAAGCCAGCUUCAGGGCUCAUAGUUAUGUCAUGCGAAGAGCUUGACCUAGAUUCACUUACUGAGUCCAACAAAGUCUUCAGCUUUCCGAUAUUCCCCAUUGGCCCAUUUCACAUCCAUGACGUGCCAGCCUCGUCUAGCAGCUUGUUAGAACCGGACCAGAGUUGCAUUCCAUGGUUAGAUAAGCACGAAACGAGAUCAGUAAUCUACGUGAGCUUAGGGAGCAUUGCGAGUCUUAACGAGUCUGACUUCUUGGAGAUUGCUUGUGGACUAAGAAACACUAACCAAUCCUUCUUGUGGGUUGUCCGGCCUGGUUCAGUCCACGGCAGAGAUUGGAUCGAAUCGUUACCCUCAGGGUUCAUGGAAAGUCUCGAGGGUAAAGGAAAGAUAGUGAAAUGGGCACCGCAGCUAGAUGUUCUUGCGCAUAGAGCCACGGGAGGGUUUUUGACGCAUAAUGGAUGGAACUCGACGCUAGAGAGUAUAUGCGAAGGAGUACCUAUGAUCUGCUUGCCUUUUGUGUGGGACCAAUUUGUAAACGCGAGAUAUAUCAGCGAAGUUUGGAGGGUGGGGAUACACUUAGAAGGUCGGAUAGAGAGAAGAGAGAUCGAGAGAGCUGUGAUAAGACUAAUGGUUGAGUCGGAAGGAGAGGAGAUUCGAGAUAGAAUCAAAGUCUUGCGAGAUGAAGUAAGAAGAUCGGUUAAACAAGGAGGUUCGGCAUCUCGAUCUUUAGAUGAGUUGGUUGAUCGUAUAUCAAUCAGAGCUGCGUGACCGCUGUGACAUAAUUGUAACCACUAUAUUAGUGCAUAGACUCGGACAUAUUGAAAAAUGUAAUGAUGCAGUGAUUGGUGUUACCGGAGAGCAACCAUCAAUAGAUCGGUAGAAAACCCUCCUGUUAAUAUAAAAUCUAUUUCUCUCAUCUUUCUUCCUUCUUCUGUGUUUGUUAAGCUUGUUUAUCUACCCAAAUUUAAAGAAUCGCAGCUUGAUUUUGCUCCGUCUUUUUCCACUUCGCACUACAAGGCUGCAUCAACCCCAUGAUUCAGCUCGCCAAGAUCCUCCACUCAAGAGUCAAGAGGUUUCUCAAUCACUGUGAUCCACACGUGCUUCAACGCGCCAAAAGCUUCAAGCCAUCCCCUCUUCACCUUCUUAGAGAUCCCAGAUGGCUUGUACGAAACAGAGAAAAGAACUAACAAUACCAAACUUCUCCUAACACUUAUCAACCGGAACUGUGAGUCUCCGUUUCGUGACUGUUUGACUAAACCGUUGCAGUCUGCAGAUUCAGAAACAGGGGAAGAUAAACAGAGGAUUAGCUGUUUGAUCGAUGAUUUUGGAUGGAUGUUCGCACAACCCAUUGCUCAACUCCCGAGAUUAGUCGUCAGUGAGUUUACAGUCUCCUUCUUUCGAAGCCAAUUUGUUCUUCCUAAGCUCCGCCGUGAAGUGUAUCUUCCACCUCAAGAUUCAGAACAGGAGGAUCUAGUUCAAGAGUUUCCACCGCUUCGGAAGUUAUUGGACCGUACGGCUACAUAUGUUUGUUUAUUGUCUCGAUGGGCUUUAAACCCAACUCAGUCAUCGAAUUAGGGCUACGUCAUUAUUGUUGAAUUCUGGGGAAUUGAAUUGAAACCUGGCGGCAAACCUGUCUCUUUUCGUGUUAAUAAUGAUCGGAAGCUCGUCGUCACCAGGGCAACUCUAGGCGAGGGUUUCGGCAAAGAGAAGAGCGUGAUUCAGUACUUGAUCGGAGGAGACAAAAAUAGCUCAGUCGAUUUGUGUGCCUUGUACCCAAAUGAGAAAGAGUCCUGCUCUCUAAGUCUUGUGUUUGAACGUGAUGUUGACUUCACAGUGAUUGGGGAUAGAGGAAUCCUUCUUACUGGUUACUUGCAGACGACUUGUGUGCAGGACAAGGGCAAAGAUGUUAAUCGUGGAGGUAUAUUUCUUUUUUUUUUCUUUUCUUUCUGUGUAGCGACCACACAACAUCAUCAUCUCAUAUGCGAAAGCUAUAAUCUCCCCUCUUGUUUCUUGGUUUUUUCAUAUUGGUAAUAAAACUCAAAUCUCCUCUUUCCCAAUUCCCGUCUUGUUUCUUGGUUUUUUCAUAUUUGUAAUAAAACUCAAAUCUUGAUCAUUCAAUCUUCCUUUUCACAA